AUGGCCCCUCCAGAAUAUUUGGUAAAGAUUGAUCUCGCGAAGCCUGCGUGGGAACAGGAAGGUGUCCACAAUCGUUGGCAUCCAGAUGUCCCAGCUUACAAAAAAAUUGAGCAAAAUAAAUCUUAUAAAAUUGAGUGUUUUGAUUGGACCGGUGGUCAGGUAGGCAAUAAUGAUUCUGCCCAUGAUAUCAAGUACUGUGAUUUGACAAGAAUUCAUUACCUUUCUGGCCCCUUUUUUGUUGAAGGUUGUGACGCUGGCGAUAUACUCAAAGUCAAAAUCCAAGAUGUUCAGCCAUUAGAAAGACAGCCUUGGGGCUAUUGUGGCAUAUUUGCAAAAGAAAAUGGUGGUGGUUUUCUUGACAAGCAUUAUCCAAAAGCUGCGAAGGCAAUUUUUGACUUUGAAGGUAUUUACUGCACAUCCAGACAUAUUCCUGAUGUUAAAUUUCCAGGAAUUUGUCAUCCAGGUAUCAUAGGUACUUUACCUUCUGCUAAAAUAUUAAAUGAAUGGAAUAGAAGAGAGUCAAAAUUAGUAGCAGAAAACCCAGAUGCGGACUUUAUCAUGGCAAACUUACCAACCCCUCAAGGUGCUUAUGCUGGGCUUCAUGCUUCAGAGGAUUUAAAAUGCAUUGUUGGAAAACAUGGUGCCAGAACUAUUCCUGGAAGACCAGAAAAUGGCGGUAAUUGUGAUAUCAAGGCGCUUACUAGAGGCUCUACUGUCUAUUUGCCUUCUCAUAUGGAUGGUGGAAUGCUAAGUGUUGGUGAUUUACAUUUCAGUCAAGGUGAUGGUGAAAUAUCCUUCUGUGGUGCUAUUGAAAUGGCAGGGUGCAUUACUAUUGAAGUUAGUGUGAUGAAGAAUGGGAUCGAAAAGCUUAAUAUGAAAAGCCCAAUGUACUUACCAAGUAAUCUUGCUCCUAAAUUUGGUGCCGACAGAUAUAUUACUUUUGAAGGAUUCUCAGUUGAUGAAUCUGGUGAGCAAUUAUGCCUUGAUACAACUGUCGCCUAUAGACAAACCUGUCUUCGCGUGAUUGAAUAUUUACGCAGAUAUGGCUACAAUGAUUACCAGAUUUAUUUGCUAUUAUCUAGUGCUCCAAUUGAAGGCAACAUUGCUGGUAUUGUUGAUGUACCAAAUUCAUGUACCACUAUCGGUUUACCUAAAGAUAUCUUCAACUUUGAUAUCUCACCGGAAAAUGAUGUUGAGAAAAAAGAUAGAGGCAAUUGUGCCUUUUCAGAGGAUGACUUGAAAGAAGGUUUUUCUUUAACGGAUGAAUUGCCAAACUUUCUUCUUGAAUGUUUGAAGAAAUAG